AUGUUUCCGCUAGAGUUCCUCUACAACUUCUUUUACAUCGCUGUGGUCACAGACUUUGAAGAAAAGAAGAAGAAAGCGCUCCAAUAUGACACCUCCGUGUACAAAAGAGGAGAUCUGCUAGAGGUCCCUCGAACUCUCUUUACGCAUUUCGGAAUCUAUCUGGGGAACAACCGCGUGGCUCAUCUCAUUCCUGAUAUCCUGCCAGUCUUGACCACCGACGAGAAGGCCAUUGAGAAAAUGGUGACUAACAACCGGCUGAUUUUGGGUGUGAUCGCAAAAAAAGCAAGUGUCCGGGUGGACUCCUUGGAGGACUUUGCGUAUGGAGCAGAAAUUCUGAUCAACCACAUGGACAAGGUGUGCAGUCGGUCUCCGUUCGAGGGUGAGGAGGUGGCUCGGAGAGCUGAGAAGCUCUUGGGCUCCGUGGUUUACAGUCUGCUGUGGUACAACUGCGAGCAUUAUGUCAUGUACUGCAGAUAUGGCACCAGCAUGAGCUUUCAGACCUACCAGUUCUGCAAAGUCGUGCGCAAGAUUGUGUGCAGCAAAACAAGUUCUCUUUUAAGCUUUCUGUUAUGCUUGUUCAUCAUGUUUUAUAUGGGGUCUGUGUCCAUCUUUGGAAUUUUACCCACACUUAUCAUCCCCUUCACUAUUUGGAUGGCAUCCUGAAAUGGAUUUAAAAAAAAAAAAAAAAAAAAUUAUCAAUGAGUUCAAAAUAGUGGUUUAUUACCCUGGGGCACCUAUUUGGCCACUGUAAAAAAAAUAAAAAUAAGAAUAUGAUCUUUCCAGUACUGUCAUGUUAAGAUACAUCAGAUAAUUUAUUUUCUUACUGUUUGUUGAGAAGCAAAAUAAUGCCAUAUCAGUGUUAAAUAAAAUUUAUAUUAAAUGUUUUUGUCUGUAUUAAAUGUAUAUGUGAAAGAUAAUGAUUAUCAUGUACUGUGCAUGUAUAUUUAAACAAUACUCGAAGGUUCCAUGGUAUAUUUUGUAAAAGGUUUGAUAGUCAGUAUAAAAAAUAAAUAAAUAAA